GCUAGAGUAGGACUGCCUGUGUGGUAUUUUUAGCGAUGUUUCGCGGGCCGGAUCAAAUUUUUUGACGGGCAGGAUUUGGCCCGCGGCCGCGGGCCGGGAGUUGAAUGUCGGGGUUAUAGGAACCUGCGAAAUAAUUGUGUGUAAAUUCGAUGACAGUUAGGCAUACGAAUAAAAAGAAACCUGUUCAAGAAGUCUGACCUGUUUGAUUAGCCAUGUUAAAAAUGCUAAAAGCGGUUGUAAAUGUAGCUCCACGAGGCGUGUACGUAUGUGGAAACACAACGUCCGCCACAGGCCUCACCGUCACCUUAUCAAAAGAAAGUGGUACAGGAGAUUAUACUUUGGAGGCUGGCGCACUUGUACUUGCUGACCAAGGCUGCUGUUGUAUUGAUGAGUUUGAUAAGAUGAGUAGUCAACAUCAGGCUCUUCUUGGAGCCAUGGAGCAACAGAGCAUUAGUUUGGCUAAAGCGGGAAUAGUAUGCAAUCUACCAGCUAGGGCUGCUAUUCUAGCAGCUGCAAACCCAGUCGGAGGUCACUAUAACAAAGCCAAAAUAGUCUCGGAAAAUCUCAAGAUGGGUAGUGCUUUGUUGUCACGUUUUGACCUAGUUUUCAUCCUAGUGGACAAACCAGAUGAGCAAAUGGACAGUAUGUUGUCUGAACAUGUGAUGGCAAUGCAUGCUGGGAGGAAAAGGCAAAGAAGUUUAUUGCUGUGAUGAACAAACUUGCAAAACGCACCUGUAACAAUACAUUCACUGUCCAACAGAUGCGAACAUUAGCAAAGGAAACAAAUAUCAAUGUUCCCGACUUUGAGAACUUCAUAUCAUCACUCAACAAUCAGAAUUUUUUACUAAAGAAGGGACCACGUCUGUACCAACUCCAAACCAGCAAUUUUUAGAGAGGAGGAUGAUACCUUGACAUCAAUCUUAAUGGAUGCUGUUGCUAAAGUCCCGUAGAUGUAUGUAAACUUUGUUGGACAAGUGAGCAUUUCUGGCCUGAUCUGAUUGGUCACAUGUCAAGUUUAGUUGACACUCCGGAAAAGUCCAUUAGGGUGACCGUAAAUUGACGUAAUGUGAAGGUACUGCAACCUAAGGAAAACGCUUACAGACACAGUUACUGUACAUAAGUUGUUUUGGAAUAUUGGAUCCUUUUCUCACUCUGAUAAGGAGGUGAUGGGUAAUGAGCAUGAAAGUAUAUUUUUGUUUUUUCCUGUUUUGCCACUAGUGUUUAUGCAAGAUAUAAAAAUAAAUAGAUAACUGAUGCAGGAAAAAGGCUAAUCUUCGUUGGUGGAAAAUGGUUCCGCAAGCAGCUAUGUGAAACUGCUGUAUGUAGAAACUGUCCAUCCAAUCCCUCAUUUUUUUUUCACCUUCCAUGUUUUCAGAAUAUGGUGUAUCAACAAUCCUUUUCUUAUUUAUUUUGCUGAUUAAUAAUAUGGAAUGCAAUGACAAAGAGGAAUACAAAAUCUAAAAACAUUUAAGCGUUUUAAUAUAUUGCAAAAACAUUUACUUAUAAAAUAUAAGAGUAACAGUCAUUAACAGUUAUUUAUUACAAGAAAUUCUUUUUGAGCACUUAUUGCAUUGUUUAUACUUCCAACGUAUGGUAUCUCUACUUACAAAUAUCAAAAAUUACCUGUACACGAUCUGAGUGCCUGUAUGAGGAAAUAAAAGCGUGUAAAGAUAAGAUUGUUUUCGGCACAUGCAGCAGGUACGGUAAAUACAUCAAAGACAAUUAAGUUUCCUUUUAUUAUGAUGCAUCACAGAGAUUAAUAAGAUCUCUAUGAUCGCCGAAAAUCACUUAUAAAAGAGCAUCAAAAAUUUGUUGGCGUUUAGUAUUGAUUAUAAUUGUGAUGUGAUGAUAAUUAAAAGAGUCAUUUCCGGCCAUCUAGAGGUACAUACUUUUUUCUAAAAUUUUCGCACCUUAACCCCAACCCGUCAACCAAAACCGGCAAUUUCGAAAAAGUCUAUAUGUCAGAAGCGGGGAAACAUCAGUCGCCAACAGCUGGGGGAACAAAAAUCUGGAGUCUCCGUUAGAAAAUAGUAUUGAAGAACAUUAAUUGUGAUUGCCCAGAUGGAUCCCAUAUUUGUGAAAGUAGCCCAUGAGUCUUUUUCAAAAACAAAAUGCACAUAAAAAUGAGAAUAAACUAAAAGAAACCUUAAGAAAAACUUAUGAAAUACAUAGACUGUUAAUUUUCAAUUUAAAUCUUUCAAAUAACAGAGUAUUUAUUGUUAAUAAAUGUUGUUGGAUCUGUUUGAUUGUAAUUUAAAA